AUGCAUAGCAACGAGAUUUCAGACAGUGAACAAGCAAGCUCAGGCGGCCAGAAAAACGGCCAGAGUGAACGCUCCAAGUGUCGGGAUAUCUUUCUCUUCAGCGUCUCAAGGACUCUGUCAAAUGUGUUUUGCCGUUUGCUCUCGGCUCAGCGGGGCUGGGUUCAAUCAGACUACCAUCUCGACAAGGGCUUCUUCCAGGCUCGAGAUAAAUUCGACUGGGCCCCUCUGGACAAGAUAAGCGAUGAGCUGCGCCAGGAGUACAUAGAGUUAACCCACAAGGGGGCGGAGAUACUUCAGAAGGCGAGAGAAGAUGCUAUUAAGGAGGUACAUAAUCUAGUUACCCCCAGUCAACAAAGUCAAAAGUCGGCGGACAGACGGGCCAUUGAUACUAACGAUCAGCAACAGGAUAAACACCUCUUUGUGAAGAAUCAUUCUUUUUUCGUGGUUGAGCCAUCAGCCUUGUUGGAUGAAGCACAGCGGGGCGAAGAAGUCCCCUCUCUGACUAUCGUUCCCAGGCCUUUAGCAGCUGAAGCAGAGGGCGGCGUAUCAGCUACACCAGCACGAACGAAGACAAACACGACCUUCUUCCCUGACGAGUACCUUUUAUUAUGGCAGCCGGUGUUUAUGAUUCGCCAUCCCGCACUCGUCGUUGAAUCAUGGUACAGGACCGAAACAAGAGUCGUUCCCAUCGGCGUCAAAGACAGAGUCUGGUCGUAUUUGACGUUCCGGUAUUCUCGCAGCCUAUACGACUGGUACGUGGCUAGAGCUACAGAGUCCAACGGCACCAAGACAGCGGCAGACGGUAACAGUGCUUCCUCUCCCUGGCCUAUUGUCAUCGAUGCGGAUGAUGUUCUCAGUGGAGAGUGUUUGGCCAAGUUCUGCAGUGCGUGUGGUAUGAGUGUGGGACAUAUCAAGUUUGAAUGGGAGGAACUGCCUCUUGAAGCACAGGACGUUUCGAAAAGACAUAUGAGUUACAUGCGUGAUCUGUGGGCGUCCACGGGCCUUGACCAGUCCAAGUCUUCAAAGGGAUUGGAUAUGGAGGUUCGAUAUGGGAAGUGGAAAGAGGAAUUUGGGGAUAGUGUUGCGGAGGGCUUGUAUGAACGUGUCCAGAAGCUGAUGCCGGAUUACGAGUAUUUGAAGAGAAGUAAAAUAUAG